AUGGAAAACCUUGCGGAGAACGACAUGCUCGUUGACGACUAUGAUAACUACCCCAAUGCAAAGACUGAUGUUGUCGUUGUGUCUCGCUCAGGCUCCGAUGAGCCCGAGUCUGCGCCUUCUGCUGCUGACCAUGUGGCCAUGAUGGCACGAGUUCUGCCCAAACCUGCCGACCUCGAGGCUGAAGAUGAAACGUAUCACACCUGGCACAUCAAGGACUGGAGGAAGUCGGAGCGCAAGCUGCACGGACCGGUCUUCAACUGCGGCGGGUCCCCUUGGCGGAUCCUCUUCUUCCCGUACGGAAAUCACUCCGAGCACGCCUCAUUUUACCUCGAGCACGCCUGGGAAGGGGAACCACCAGAGAACUGGUAUGCCUGUGUGCAGUUCGCUCUGGUCCUGUCCAACGUGAAGGAUCCUUCAAUCUAUGUCUCGCAUGUUGCGACGCACCGAUUCACCGCGGACGAGGGAGAUUGGGGCUUCACCCGCUUUUACGACAUCCGAACCCUUUUCAGCGAGCAGUGGGAAGGCAAAGGUGUCCCUCUAGUGCAAGAUGACGAGGCCAAUAUCACAGCAUAUGUCCGCGUUGUCAAGGACCCAACCGGUGUUCUCUGGCACAGCUUCCAGAACUAUGAUUCCAAGAAAGAGACUGAUAUGGUUGGACUCCGAAACCAGGGUGCUACCUGCUACCUGAACUCGCUUUUGCAAUCGCUGUACUUCACCAAUGCCUUCCGCAAGGCUGUUUACCAAAUCCCCACCGAAGAAGACGCUACUCGUGAAAACAGCGCAUGGACUCUUCAAAGACUCUUCUACAAUCUGCAAACCAAUGAAACCGCAGUCUCCACAACUGAGUUGACAACCUCUUUCGGUUGGGACUCCAGACAGGCCUUUGAGCAGCAAGAUGUCCAAGAGCUUUCACGAAAACUCAUGGAACGGCUGGAGGAGAAGAUGAAGGGCACAGUAGCUGAGAAGGCCUUACCUGACCUGUUUGUGGGUAAAACAAAAACCUACAUCUCGUGCAUCAAUGUGGACUAUGAAUCUUCUCGUGUGGAGGACUUUUGGGAUAUCCAAUUGAACGUUCGGGGUAAUAAGACCUUGGAUGACAGUUUCCGCGACUACAUUCAGGUUGAAACGUUAGAGGGCGAGAACAAGUAUGAUGCAGGCUCUCCGUAUGGCCUGCAAGAUGCAAAGAAGGGUGUGAUUUUUGAAAGUUUCCCACCUGUCCUGCAUCUUCACCUCAAGCGGUUUGAGUAUGACCUUAAUCUUCUUACGAUGAUGAAAGUGAACGACCGCCACGUCUUCCCCUUGGAAUUUGAUGCUGCUCCUUAUCUCUCAGAAAAUGCCGACAAGACUGAGCCUUGGACCUAUGAGCUGCAUGGAGUCUUGGUGCACAGUGGUGGUUUGGACGCUGGUCAUUACUACGCGUUCCUGAAGCCCACUAAAGAUGGACACUGGUACCGCUUUGACGACGACCGAGUGAACCGUGUCACCGAGAAGGAAGUUUUGGAGGAGAACUUCGGUGGAGAGUAUGAAUUGGCGAAUGGAGCCACUGGUGUUCGGCAGCCAUACACCCGAACUCUCUCAACCAAACGUUCCAUGAACGCUUACAUGUUGGUUUAUAUCCGAAAGACGCGAGUUGACGAUGUUCUACUGCCAAUUACCAAAGAAGAUGUUCCUUCCCACAUUGAGUCACGCUUAGCAGAGGAUCGUGCCGAGGCUCUUCGUCGCAAGAAGGAGAGAGAAGAGGCUCACCUGUACAUGAACAUCGGCGUUCUGACCGAAAAGACCUUCCGUUCUCAUCGUGGGUUUGAUUUGUUCAGCCCCGAUCUUCCCGCCGAAGACCCGUCGCAACCCACCCAGUACCGGGUUCUCCGGGCGAAGAAGGUCGGCGAGUUUGCGAAGGAAAUGGCAGAAGAGCAGGGUCUCAGUGUUGAUGCCGUCCGCUUCUGGGUGAUUGUUAACCGUCAGAACAAGACCGCUAGGCCUGACCAAAUUAUCACUGACCCGGAAAUGACCGUUGAGGAGGCCUAUACCAAAUAUGGCACCAAGGGUAACAGUUUCCGGCUGUGGAUGGAGGUCUUGCCCCAAGGCCAGUCUUGGCCUGAAGGUAACGACUCUGCCUUGAUCUUCUUGAAGAACUUCGACGCGGUGACUCAAACUCUGAGCGGUGUGGGACCUGUUUAUGUUUCCAAGAAUCAGAAGGUUGGCGACCUCGCACCCGUCAUUCUCGAAAAGAUGAACUGGCCCGUGGGUACCGAAUUCAUGCUUUUCGAAGAGAUCAAGCACAACAUGAUCGAUUUGAUGAAGCCCAAACAGACCUUCCAGCAGUCCGAGAUCCAGGACGGCGAUAUUAUUACCUUCCAGCGAACAACGAAAGAGUCCGAGCUCCCAGCAACAGCCCUAUACACGGAUGCCAGACAAUUCUACGACUAUCUUCUGAACCGCAUGGAUGUUACCUUUGCCUCAAUCACGGCCUCCGAGACUGAAGACUUUACCCUAACCCUCAGCCGGAAGAUGACAUAUGACCAGUUUUCGAAGAAGGUGGGCGAACAUCUGAACGUGGACCCGACUCAUCUGCGGUUUGCUCCAGUGAUGGCCAGCACGGGCAAAGCAAAGCCUUUCCUCAAACGAUCAAUCACCUCAAACCUGGCUCAAAUUCUCAAUGGCCAGUAUGGCACAUAUGGCUACACCAUGCACCGGGCGGAUGCCUUAUACUACGAGGUUCUAGACAUGAGUCUGAGCGACUAUGAGAGUAAAAAGUCUUUCAAGGUGACGGUGCUCGCCGAGGGAAUCACAAAGGAAGAGACCGUUGAGGUUCUGGUGGCUCGCAAUGAAACCAUCGCUGGACUUCUUUCAGCUCUACAGCAGAAGAUGAAGUCUAAUGACGAAGCUUUCCAGAACAUGAGGCUCUUCGAGGCUCACGGUGGAAAGUUCUAUAAGGAGCUGCGUGAGGAUCUUAAUGUGGCAUCGAUUAACGAAUACUCCACACUCUAUGCGGAACGGGUGCCUGCCGAUGAACUGAACAUGGAGAGCGAGGAUCGACUAAUUAAUGCCUACAACUUUGAUCGAGAGCCCAAUCGACCACAUGGAGUUCCCUUCAAAUUUGUCGUCAAGCCUGGCGAGAUCUUCAAGGAAACCAAGGAACGUCUUUCAAAGCGAAUAGGCAUCAAGGGAAAGCCGUUUGAGAAGAUCAAGUUUUCCAUUGUUCCUCGCAAUUCCUUCCCAAGCGCCAAGUACAUUGAGGAUGAUGACAUUCUAUCGGACAUUGCUGGCCCCGAGGACCUUCUUGGUCUGGAUCAUGCCACCAAGAGCCGUGGAUUCUGGGGCAAGAGUGAGAGCUUUUUCAUUCGAUAA